UUGUUUGCAGUAACUCCCAGGCUGUGGACUACCUGCCAGGAUGGAGAAGUCCUUCUGAGGCUGUCCAAACACGGACCAGGCCAUGAGACCCCGAUGACCAUCCCUGAAUUUUUUCAAGAGUCAGUCAACCGAUUUGGAACUUAUCCAGCCCUCGCAUUCAAGAACAGUGAAAAAUGGGAAAUUCUGAAUUUCAACCAGUACUACAAGGCUUGUUGGAAGGCUGCGAAAUCUUUGAUCAAACUGGGCUUGAAGCGUUUCCAUGGAGUUGGCAUCCUGGGGUUUAACUCUGUGGAGUGGUUUAUCACUGCUCUUGGCGCCAUCCUAGCCGGGGGCCUUUGUGUUGGUAUUUAUGCCACCAACUCUGCCGAGGCUUGUCGACAUGCCAUCACUGAUGCCAAAGUGAACAUCUUGCUGGUUGAGAAUGAUCAACAGUUACAGAAAAUCCUUUCGAUUCCACAGAGCAGGCUGGAGCCCCUAAAAGCGAUCGUCCAGUACAGACUGCCAGUGAAGAACUGCAACAAUUUGUACUCUUGGGAUGAUUUCAUGGAACUUGGCGGAAGCAUCCCUGACACCCAACUGGAACAGGUCAUCCAGAGCCAGAAGGCGAAUCAGUGCGCCGUGCUCAUCUACACUUCGGGGACCACAGGCAUACCCAAGGGAGUGAUGCUCAGUCAUGACAAUAUCACGUGGACAGCAGGAGCAGUGGCAAAGGACUUGAAACUGACAGAAAAGCAUGAGAUGGUGGUCAGCUACCUCCCACUCAGCCACAUUGCAGCACAGAUGAUGGACAUCUGGGUACCCAUAAAGAUCGGAGCACUCACAUACUUUGCUCAACCAGAUGCUCUCAAGGGCACCUUGAUAAAUACUCUAAAGGAGGUAAAGCCUACUGUCUUCUUGGGAGUGCCCCGAAUUUGGGAGAAGAUGCAAGUGGAAGUGAAGAAAAAUAGUGCCAGGUUCACAGGCUUGAGUAAGAAGGUAUUUGUGUGGGCAAGAAACAUUGGCUUCAAGGUCAACUCAAAAAAGAUGUUGGGGAAACAUAAUAUUCCCAUGAGCUACCGCAUGGCUAAGACUAUCGUGUUCAGCAAAGUGAAGAUGUCCCUUGGCUUGGAUCACUGUCACUCUUUUAUCAGCGGGGCUGCACCCCUCAACCAAGAGACUGCCGAGUUCUUUCUAAGCUUGGACAUACCUAUAGGUGAAUUGUAUGGGUUGAGUGAGAGCUCAGGACCCCACACAAUAUCCUACCAGAGUAACUACAGGCUUCUAAGUUGCGGCAAGAUCUUGAGUGGAUGUAAGAACAUGCUGUUCCAGCAGAACAAGGAUGGCAUUGGGGAGAUCUGCCUCUGGGGCAGGCACAUCUUCAUGGGCUAUCUGGAAAGGGAGACUGAAACUACAGAGGCCAUUGAUGAGGAAGGCUGGCUACACUCUGGGGAUCUGGGCCAGCUGGACAGUCUGGGUUUCCUCUAUGUCACUGGCCGCAUCAAAGAAAUACUUAUCACUGCCGGUGCUGAAAAUGUGGCCCCCAUUCCCAUUGAGACCUUGGUUAAGAAGAAGAUCCCGAUCAUCAGUAACGCCAUGUUAGUAGGAGAUAAACUGAAGUUUCUGAGCAUGUUGCUGACGCUGAAGUGUGAGAUCAAUCAGAUGAGCGGAGAACCUCUGGACAAUCUGACCUCGGAGGCCAUCGACUUCUGUCGGGAUCUGGGUAGCUGGGCAUCUACCGUGACUGACAUUGUGAAGCGGAAAGACUCCCUGAUCUACAAGGCUAUCCAGGAAGGCAUCAAUGACGUGAACCAGGAAGCCACAAGCAAUGCGCAGAAGAUUCAAAAGUGGGUCAUCUUGGAGAAGGACUUUUCCAUCUAUGGUGGAGAGUUGGGUCCAAUGAUGAAACUUAAGAGACAUUUUAUAGCCCAGAAAUACAAAAAACAAAUUGAUCAAAUGUACCACUGACUGCUUUGAUGGAGCUGCUCUCAGCUGUCCUGAUGCCUUUGGCAGGAAGACCUCAUUGCAAUAAGUGAAGUGCUGCUCUGGAUAGAAGCUCUCCCUCCUGUAUUUAAGAAGCCACAUUCUUUAUUGGUCAGUUUCUUGAUUGUUCAUCUGUUGAAGAGGUGCUCCCUAGAAGAA